GGAGGCUGGUUCUCUUCAUUUCUCACUUUGAAGACAUUGCUAUACCCACCGAAGCAGCUUGCGAUCAAUUCAUUAGCUGAUCCAAAUCCUGAUCCAUUUGUGUUAUUAUCGGCAGCCGCUGAGAUUGCAGCGUUACACAGAAGAAUGGAAGACACAUCAGGAGAUUGCCCAUUUUCUGGAGGUCGGAUGCUACAGGCAGACGCCGGUCAAUCAUCACCCAACUAUGAUGAUACUGAUUUGGAAGACUCGGUCACCAGCUUGCUGCGCGACGAGAAGGAUGAAACGAGCAGUUCGGAUGAAGAUUCGGCCUCUGAAACACCUUGUCCACGGGUCAUGGAGCGUCGUCAUCGAGAAAUGUUUGAUAUACAGCGGAAGAUGACCUUUCGUGGUCGCAUGUUCGUUGGAAAUCGAGAGACGUUUCGAGAAUUGCGUGAAAACAUUUUGUGCCUAUGUAAUGGGUUAAGUCCGGCAUCUACAAGCAUUGCUGAAGUGUGUCGUCAACGCGAAAUUUACCGAUCUCGUGGCGGUAGCUCGUUGACUUUCGGAACGAAAACCAGGAUUCUCAAUCAAUUCUUGCCUAAUUGCCGGAGGGUAGUGGACAAAUUAAGAUCCAAAUCGUUUUGCUGUUCCUAUAUCAAAGGUGGCACCGAAUUGGUUGUUUCUAGUCAGGACGAGUUCAUUCGGUUUUUUGAGCAACGUGGACCACGAGAUCGCUAUUUCUUGAAAAACGCCAUACGUGUUCCCAUAACCACUUGGUCUAUUCUUGAUGUCGCUGUAAAUAGAAGAGGAGAUGCGCUGUGUUAUGGAACUUGGAAAGAUUCCGUUUUCUUCGCAAGAUUAUCUGAAUGUACUGCGGAUAACCCCACUGGUGUUUCUUGGACUGAACUUUCUGUUCCUAGCCAAGACUCAAGUAUGGCUAUAUUUUCCCUACGGUUUUCACGGCGAGGGCAUGAAGUGUUGUGUGGUGGUUCUGAUCGAAACUUACACAUUUAUGAUUUGGAAUCCAUGAGCAGGGUUGUCACAAUUUCGGACGCGCAUGCAGACGACAUUAAUGCGGUUUGCUAUGGUGAUACCGACUCCAAUUUACUGUACAGUGGAGGUGAUGACGGUCUGGUGAAGGUUUACGACCGACGAGCUCUUGGAGAACUGGAUUAUCAUCCAGUUGGGGUGUUCGCUGGUCACCGUGAUGGGAUUACUUACAUCGACGCACGUGGUGAUGAUAGGUAUCUCCUGAGUAAUUCAAAGGAUCAAACUAUAAAGUUAUGGGAUCUGCGCCGGUUUUCGAAUGAAGAGACAGUGCGGAAAAACAGUGAAUUGUGUACGACAGCAAUCAUGGGAUUAUCGGUGGCAGCCAGCACCUCCUUGCACCCUUACACCCCUGAAAGAGGACAUAGUGUGUUGCACACCCUGGUGAGGGCUAAAUUUUCACCUAGUAGGACUGGCAAGCAGUUCAUUUAUACAGGAUGUGCACGAGGAGAGGUCUCGUCAGUGAUGAUUUAUGACUUGUUAGCGAACUCGUCAUCAUCGUCGUCGAACGAGUCGGGUUCAAAUCCGGUUGCUAGAAGGUUGCCGGUGGACGGUGUGACGGCAAUAUGGAAAUGGGACGAGCGACACGACCAUGUCACAUCUAGUGAGGUGAACCAAAUUGGAGCCGAAGAUUCGUGUGACGAAUCCUACCAACCGGUAGUGAAGCGCCGCAAAGCGGUGCAGCGCCGAUUGAAGUGCUCGGCUAAACGAAGACAAGAGCCACGGGCAGAGGACGCCACCGCCACCGAGUCACCAAAUCCUGAACUGCUGUACACAUUUUGA